AUGGAAGAGAGUGUGUUCAGCGUGCAGCAGAUACAGCCCAACGUCAUCUCGGUGAGGCUCUUCAAGCGCAAGGUGGGCGGCCUUGGCUUCCUGGUGAAAGAGCGCGUCAGCAAGCCGCCCGUCAUCAUCUCGGACCUGAUCCGGGGCGGGGCUGCGGAGCAGAGUGGCCUCAUCCAGGCUGGGGACAUCAUUUUAGCCGUCAAUGGCAGGCCCCUGGUGGACAUGAGCUAUGAGACCGCGCUGGAGAUACUGAGAAGCAUCGCCUCCGAGACCUACGUGGUCCUCAUCCUGCGGGGCCCCGAGGGCUUCACCACUCACCUGGAGACCACUUUUGCAGGCGACGGGACACCAAAAACCAUCCGUGUCACCAGACCCCUCUGCUCACCUCCGAAGGCAGUUGACUUGUCCAACCCAAGCCCGCACGGCAAAGAGCAGCCGCUGCCAGGAGCCGACCACGCUAUGGGCUCCCUGUGGACAAGAGAGAUCGGGCGGGAGGUGGAGCCGAUGGUCCACAUUAACGGCGUCGUUACUGGCAGCAAAGGGCAGGACGCUGGGAAGGGGAAGGAGGGGGCCUGUGGCCACCCUUGCCUCAACGGCGGCGUGGAAGACAAUGAACUGCUCAAAGAGAUUGAGCCCGUCCUGGAUCUCCUGAAGAGCAGCAGUAAGGACAGCGGUGGAGAUGCACCCUCCAAGGUAGAGACAAGAGAUAUAGAAGUCCAGGUGGACUGGUAG